AUGAAAAGUCCUUUUUUGAUUGUGAAAAGGUUUGCGUACCAAGACUUUAGCGCCAAUACGGUGCCAAAAGCACUGAAUGGCUUCAUUGAUCCAUAUAUGUUCAGAUGUUACGAUGAUGAGUUGCUCAGUACUUUGGGGUUGCGGCCGCUGCUGCGGCUCCUUAGGCUCCUAUGUUGUGGGAGGCAUCUUCUCCUUCGCAGGGCUGGGUCAUGGCCUGCCAGCUCGAGCAUUGACCUCUCAACAAUCAGUCUAUUAUCCAAUCGAUCCGUUCGCUUCCGCACGUACAGCGACACAGCAGAACGUGACCAUCUUCAAGAAUGGUUCUUGCCCAACCUGCAAUCUUUCGCCGUGCAAUAUAACAAGGUUUGGGAUUCUCAGGCUUGGCUUUUGAGAGCUUUGACUAUGAAAUGCAGGGAGUCAGAUGAGUCUGGCCAAUGCCAGGGGCGGAGCCUCAGUCAUAAUGGCGUGCACGUUGCGCCUUUGAAACGCGAGGCCACCAUCAUACUUAGCCCAUAUAGGGUUGUGGAAGUACACGAGGCAACUUAUGAGUGGUUUUAUGCGAAGUCAUCACCAUGCAUGCUAAUGGGGGUUUCCUCUCUAAAGCUAAGACCUUGCUUGUCCAGCACUCAGCAACGCCCCCAGUGCCAACUCCAGAGUUCCAAAACCUCAGUGCAAGGUUGGUUCAAUGGAACUGGAGUGGCCUCUGCACCAGGCCACGGUAAAGGGAAAUCAUUGCCGGGUUCCUCACCCCUAUGGGUGCCACUCCUGGGCCAUUGGGUUAGCCAUUGCACCAUCGAUAUUCACACCAAUAAAGUCGGGUCGCCAAACUUGCACCCCAUGCAAAAGCAUCAGUGCAUCAAGCGUGUCAUAGAGAGGCAUACAGAGCUUAGGGGUGGUAACUUUCUUAACCCGACACAAGGCACGGAGCCCAAACGUGACCCACCGUCCUGCCACGUGUCAUGCAUCAUCAACGACAAGCAGUCUGCUCACGAAGGGUGCUCUAUCGGCGUUGGCGGCAAACAGAGCACGCGAGGACGGCGUUAUGUACCUAGGGAGGAGCGGGUAUGCCCUGCUGCGGCACUGAUAGCCAUACUGAAGAUCGGCACUGAUAGCCAUAUUGAAGAUCGGCACUGA